AUGCAUUUUGCUGUCUUCUUUCAUCUUAGGCCACUGGAUGGGUCCACCUGCCUCUCCGAGAUACACACCUGGGCUCCACUGCAGGUGCUCCACGGCGACAUUGACGUCCUCUUUCCAGUCAGCGCAGUGGGCUCCUAUGACCCUGCAGAUACCCGCCUUGGAAGCCUGGAGAACGGGACAGAGCUGGAGGACCACGUUCUCCCAGAGACAGGCUCUCGGUACACCGUGGAAGCCAGUCCUCCAGACCAAGGAAGCCCUCUGAGCAGCCUGUUGCCUUCUUCCUCGGUGCCAGAGUCAAUGACAAUUAAUGAGCUGCGACAAGCCAUCGUGGCCAUGAUGAACAGGAAAGAUGAGCUGGAAGAAGAGAACAGAUCACUGCGGAGCCUGCUUGAUGGGGAGAUGGAGCACUCAGCUGCACUCCGGCAGGAGGUGGACACCUUGAAAAGGAAGGUGGCUGAGCAGGAGGAGCGGCACAUCAUGAAGGUCCAGGCGUUGGCAAGAGAGAACGAGGUGCUCAAAGUCCAACUGAAGAAAUAUGUAGGAGCUGUCCAGAUGCUGAAAAGAGAAGGUCAAACAGCUGAAGUUGUUCCAAAUCUGUGGAAUGUUGAUGGAGAAGUUACAGUCACUGAGCAGAAGCUGGGAGAAGGUGCAGAGGAACUAGCAAGCUCCUAUGAAAGAAAACUUGUUGAGGUAGCAGAGAUGCACGGCGAGCUGAUUGAGUUCAACGAGCGCCUGCACAGGGCCCUGGUGGCCAAGGAAGCCCUCGUGUCCCAGAUGAGGCAGGAGCUCAUUGACCUCCGGGGGCCGGUGCCCGGAGAUUUGAGUCAAACAUCCGAAGACCAGAGUUUGUCGGAUUUUGAAAUAUCAAACCGGGCGCUGAUCAACGUCUGGAUCCCAUCAGUGUUUCUCCGGGGCAAAGCAGCCAAUGCCUUCCACGUGUAUCAGGUCUACAUCCGGAUAAAAGAUGAUGAAUGGAAUGUCUAUAGGCGGUACACAGCGUUCAGGAGUUUGCACCACAAGUUACAGAACAAAUACCCUCAAGUGAGGUCUUACAACUUCCCACCCAAAAAGGCCAUUGGAAACAAGGAUGCCAAGUUUGUAGAGGAGCGGAGGAAGCAGCUCCAGAACUACCUGCGCCACGUCAUGAACAAAGUCAUCCAGGUGGUCCCCGAGUUUGCCGCCAGGCCCAAGAAGGAGACCCUGGUGCAGCUGGUGCCCUUCUUUGUGGACAUCACCCCUCCUGGAGAACCACUGAACAAGAACAGCCAGCCCAGAGCAGCUCCCCGCUUCCCCAAGCUGUCCCGAGGUCACCCCAGGGAGACGCGCAACGUGGAGCCCCAGAGCGGCGACCUCUGACCUUAACAGGAUCCCAGACUCGGGCCCUAUGUGCUGUGCCAGCUGCCUUCACCCUGGCCACUCUGCAUCUGACCUGGCCAUGGCAGGUGGACCCUUACACCUUCAAAUGACAACCAGGUCCACCUGGCGAACCCUGGCGGGCACACCCUUCCUGCUGAUCACAUGACACGCUGAUUAGACUGGUCAGCCUCGGAGGGCAAGGUGGCUCCUCCCUCGACAGACUUGGACACACAGGCACUGCUCCCCCAGCGUCUGCCUGGGUGGCAAGGGCGUCUGUUCCCCUUCCUCCAGGCCAGGAGCCAGCAGGGGGGUGGGCGCCAGGUGGGUUCAGAGCCCCCCAGCCUAGCAGCACUCUCUAAUGUUUCAUUUGGCCAUAAGGGCCAUUCAGAAACAACUGCUUCACUCUUUCCCUGUGGGACUUAGAAUGACUGUUAAGUUUUUUUUUCUUUUUAAUAAAAUUGCCUGCUUCAGCCCAUGGACAUGUGGGCUUGGGGGAGGGGGUCUUGUUCCUCUCCUUUCUACUCUCUGUUGGUAGCCAUUAGACACCCUAGUAUCCUGCAGUGGCCAACGUGGCAUCACUGCUCCAGGAGACAUGCCAGAGGCCUCCUUGCAGAGGUACCAUCGUGAUGCUGAACUGUGGGUCUUGGAACACAUCCCCCUAUGUAGCUCAGGUAGGAAACCCGAGGCUCCCUAGGCCCAUGUGUACUUUGUCAGGCUUGGUGGGACCUCAGCCAUCAACAGCAACCCCACAUGGGAGCCCUGCACUGUCCAGGAAUCUGGGAACUACUGCAGAAGGUUCUGGAGGCACUCUGGCUUUCUGACCCAGCUCCAGGGCUCAGUGGAGCUCAGUGUGGCACUCUGUGAACUUGGGCAGGAUCCACUCUGAACAGGUCAUGAUUGUCCCCUAAAGACACAUUCACAAUGCACCCUUGGGCCCCCACAUGCUCAGUGGGAGCAGGCCCAUGGGCAUGCGGGGACAGCAGCCACCCCAGGUUCCCACUUCAACACUCCCACAUCAGAUCGCCUUGCAAAACCAGAGCCAUAUGGCCAGUUUCAACACCCAGAAUCAUGGAUUUGUCUCCGCCCUGGGCAGAGCCGUCCUCAGCUGCUGACUACAGUCAUGAGGGCUCGCAUUUUCUGGGGAGAAUAUUAAGAAACUAGAUAGAAGUGUGUAAAACAGACUAUGUGAGAGCCAGUUUGACCUAUGGGUGAAAGACGGCCAGUGGGGGACUGUGUGCUGCUUGGACCUGUGUCAACUCACUGGCUGAAAACGUGGUGAGCGACCUGGGAGAGCACUGGGCAUUUCUUAGAUAGUGGAAACGAUGGAAAGAAGCACCUGGAGGGUUCAUGCUGUCUGCUCCCCCAGCAACCAGAAGGAAACUUACUCCGAGCACUGAAGUGAAACUGCAAGCAUUUACACACAGCCCUUCAGAGGAACGGAGUAGGCCUGAGCAACUGAGGGGCCGGUGGGCCCUGCGAGCCGUGCCCGGUGAGCAAAACGAGCCUGCUGCUCUCUGUGGGUGGAAGCAGGCAUAUGUGUGGCUGGGGGCGUACCAUCAGCUCGGGGUGUAGAGGACCUGAGAGACGCCGUGUCCUAGAAGCGCAACGUGGCUUCUCUCUUGUUGCCACAGUGUCUGCCACACACGUACUUUGUUUGCAAUGCCAAGCCCCACGGUACAACCGGGCUGCUUUGAACAUAGAGCCUCCUGAGAAGAAAUAAUCAGGGGCUGUCUAGACCCUCAGGCUCCCCAGCUCCUGCCCCCUGAGUUUGGUCUACUCCACAUCCGUUGUUCUGAAGUCAGUCCCUGACGCCGGCUGCCAGCCAGUCCCAGCACUGCCCAUCUGGCCACGGAGCCUGCACCCGCGACUCAUUCUGUUUGUAUUAGACAGUGAAUGGAACACCCAUCCUGAGUGCGGAUCUGACCUCACCUUCUCCAGACACCCCACCAGGAACCUGCUUUCAUAUUCUGCACAUAGAGUUAAAAAAAACAAAGGGAAAUAAAGGUGCCCAGGGCUACAAUAGACAGAUGCUAAGCCAUGGGAAGCAGUUACACACUCAGCCUGUAAGGAAAAAGGAGAGACUCUGCCUGCCCAGUUCUCAAAGCUUUAAUUAAUGAUUUAGAACAUGCCCUGCUCUCCCAAAAGGUGAGCGGUAAGGGCGUGCCCCUAGAGACCACCUGGGAGCCACUGGCUCGCCUAUGACCCUGUGGAAACCCUGGGAGCAGGUGCACGUCAACAGACACACGAGCUCAGACAUGCACAUGACAUGCACAAUACAGCAGCUCCCCAAAGCCUUAACUUUGGAAUCACAUGGAAUGUCCUGCAAUGAUUUAGUCCAUCUAGCUGCUCGGAAUACUGCCCUGCUCUCCAGCACCGGGAGAUGCACCACGAGAUGGUGGUUGCUAGAGAAAGGGAAUCAAACACCCCAGCCCAGGCUGAGAGCUGGUGCACAAAAUGUCACCCCGGGGAUGUCAUUGUUGCCCUUCCUCCAGAUCCAGUUCAGAGGACUGGCUGUCCUUCUCCCUCCAAAACAUGUACUGAGCCCCUCUCAACCCAUUGGAGGGAAAGCCAGCCCUGCAGAAAGAACCAGUUCAAUUUGCUUCUGCCUCCUGAUCCCACAAGAAGAUUCUGUGGGGCCUUCUAAGUGGGCACUGAGAAAGGAAGCCCUCCCUGUGCAGAGAGAGACCAAAGAGGCCUGCCACCCUAGGGAGCCUCAGUCCUCAAGGGCCACACCUGGGAGGAUGGCCCAUUCUGGGCCUUCUCCACGAAGACAGCUGCCUCCUUCUUGACUGCUUUAGCAGGGAUGGGGCCCAUCCCACCCUCGGCACGGGCUGUCUCUGCCCUCAUCUCGUUUCUUCCUUCUUUGCCCCCAGAGGAAACAAAACCCAGGAAGAGUAGGGCUGAGCAGAGGUGUGUCCUUAAAAGAGCAAAGUUUGUGGGAAGGGAGGUCCCAGGCCACUGGAAGCCUAGCCCAGAAGCAACCGCGGCCCCAGGAGCGGGCCUGCUCAGCCACGCUCCCACCAGUCACCCUGAAAGUCGGGCUCUGGCUCCUGAGAAUCAUCCCCAGGCACGUGCCGCUCCCGCCAUGACGGCAAUCACAGCGCAGCGCGGUGCUUCGAACAGCCCUGCCUCACUCUGCAGCCAGGCCCCCCACCCACCGGCACAUGCAGGCUCCCUGGUUGCAGAGGCCAGCCGCUGAUUGAGCUGUAAAGACACCAUACCAUCUCAGAAGGCUUAGCAGGAGGCAAGGGUUUGUGGACAAGGUCUAAUUACAGCUCUUGACUCUGCUCUCCAGCUGAGAGUUUAUCACAAUGGCUGAAAUUUUACAACAGUGGCAAGUUGUGCUGUGCCUUAAAAGACAGGGGUCCAAGCUGUUGUUACAUCCACAGAAUUGAUAACCCAACAGUAGCUAAUGCCAGGAGGCAACAGGCCCCGGGGGCAGAAAAUCGAAGCCCAAGGUCUGGAGAUAGCAAGGCCCGUCUCCGUGCCGCGCAUCAGGAGCAGCACUGCUGAGUCCCCAGCACCCAGGACCAGGGCUCUGUGGCCUCCUCGGGACAGUGUGGCCACCUGAGCCCCCAGCUCCAGGCCUCAGCCUCCCCCAGGUUUGCUCGUCUUCACACGGGUGCCACCCGGAGACACCAGCUCGCCCCUUGCGUGGAGGCCAGGCCCUGUCCUCCGGGGUCCCAGCAGGCACCCUCCUGACCCAUCGCUGCCAGGAUCCUUCCUUCACUCCUCAGCCAGCUCGUCUGGACAAGCCCCAGCCCCGCACACGGUGAGGCGCUCCACCCCGAGGGCACCUGGCCUCCCACGUAACUGAUGGCAGAGCGCAGGCUGGAUUUUCGGCCUGGGGCUGGGGAAGCGCAUGGCCAUGGACCUGCCUGAGAAGAACUCUGCCAAGGGCCGCCGGCCCCUGCCCAGGGCUGGUGGACUGGCCAGGGGGCACCCUAGACAGGGCACACAUCAGGCUCAAGUUCCAGCCCCAGAGGCACUAACUGACAGUGUUGCCUCGGUGUCUCACUGGGGACAGUGCCACACAUGCCGGGUCCUCUCCCUGGCCUGCAGGCAGGGCCUUAGCAGGCAGCCGUCUGCUCACAAGCAAGGUCUUUGGCAACGAUCAUUUUCCAAAAUAUUGUGCAUUGUUUCAUUAAAGCUAACAUUAAAUAUUUGCUGUUCAGGCUGGCUUCUGUGCUAAUUUUGCACAACCGUAGCACUGUAUAUUUUAUCUAACAUUUCUGUGCCAAAAAGUUCAUUUUCAUGUAACAUGUGGUCUUGACUACGUUUCUAAAAUAAAACUUCAGCUCCUGGAUCAAUAGGCAUGCGGGUGGAGCGCUGGCAGGCUCCCUGCUCUGAGCAGCCCCCCAGGAGCCGCUCCUGAGGCUCACUGGGCAGUCUGCACUGCAACUGUCCGUACCAGGCCUGACGGGCAGCUCUGACGUGUGCCAGGGGGCCCUGGCUUUGUCUCUAAGUCAUAAUGCAUUGAAUGGGCUUCCUCACCUACCCAAUCACUUUCUCUAGACAAGUAAGAAACAUCCGAUUUCUCUAAAAGCUGGCUGAGCCGAGAGCACAGAGGAGCAUCCCACUGGGAGGGCACACGAGUGGCCUGGGGCCUGGCUCAGUUCUCCCCGGCAUGUGACCGUUUGCCCAUCACCGUUGGACGGCCUCCAGCAGACCUGCCCACACCGCAGCCUCUUGUCGGGUCAGCUCCUCCCUUCACAAACUGCAAGGGGAGAGGCCACUCUUUCACUGGCGAUCCUUCCCAUCAACAUGGGCCAUGCCGGGGCUGCCCUUGCAGAAACUGGGACUGAGGCCACGGAAGGGUACAAAAUGGCUGACUGUACUUUUGUAGCCACUCCAGGUAAGAACCCGGAGAACAUGCAUUUCCAGGAACAAGGGGACGGUGGAGCUAAUUAGGAUCUUUUAUUAUCCAGAUUCCUCCUAAAAAGAAUGUCUUUACCUCUGCAGCCUUUGCUUUACCCUCCCUGGCAGAGCCAUUUCAUAGAACACUUUGCGUAACUGCAGGAGGGAGUCUGUUGAAUGCAGGGGCCAUGGUAAUCCCAGCAUGGGGGCCUCUGCCCGGCCAGAGUCACCCACCCCUGGGUCCCAGUGAGCCGCCUGUCAGGAGGUAAAAAAGACAACAUUUCUAGAGUCUAGACUAUUGUCUGUCUGUAAACGAGGCCUGGAAGGCUGCAGAUUCCCUCUGAAACAUGUAGUGUUAUCUUAACUACCCUCUUAUGUUAAGGUUUACACAAUAGAAUUUUUAAACAAAUGUGUUUAAUUUUCUAAAAUCUCUUGUAUUAAAAUUUUCUUUUGGAAUAAGCGGGCUAAUUUUGUUACAAUCUGGUUGAGAAACACCUCUUUGCAAUGACAAAAUAAAAAUGGUGACAUUUUAUAAAUUAGA